AUGUUGGACAAAAAACGUGUUGUAGAUUUAAAUAAAAUCUUACGAGCAUUUGCUACUGACCGUAUUGGUUCAGAUGAAAUUAGUGAUAUAUUAUUUACCACGAGUCAUGAUAAUUUACAUGUUGAACAUGAUCAAAUCAAUUAUUUACUGGAUACAGCUAAUGAAGGAUCAUCAAAUGAGACUUCGGUUAGUACUAAUUCUACAGAACGUAAUGAUUUGCAUGAUAGUGAUCGUACAGUUAUUCUACGAAAAUUAUCUAAUCAAAUAUCCAUUGAUGAAGUUAAUAAUAACAAUAAUGAAAUACAAACUGAUAUAAAUCAAUUAACAUAUGAAGAUAUUUGCGUUAACGAAAGGAAUAAAACAUGUACAAGAACAACGUAG